AUGGAACCCUUGAUGUCUCCUGAUACCAAUGAAAUCGAUCGUAAACAGAAAAUAAACGGAAACUUGUACUAUGCUCUCAUGAAAGGAAACAAGAAGAGAGUUGCGGAACUCUGCCAAAAAAUUCAAGAUCAUGCAUUGCACGUAAUAACAGUAAACGACGAUACAGUACUUCACAUGGCUACAUAUGCCAAAGAAGCAUCUCUGGUAGAAAAUUUACUAGAUGAGUUGCCUAGCCAUCAUCUCGACAAGUUGACUCGCCAAAAUGGUGUAGGAAACACAAUCCUCCAUGAGACCGCCACAAGCAACCAUACUGUUGCUAUUGCAGAUAAACUUCUGAAGAGAGCCCCCGGAUUGUUAGGCAUGCGCAACCACAAUGGGGAGACGGCUCUCUUUCGUGUGGUCCGGUAUGGAAAAACCGAUAUGUUCAACUUUCUAGCUGCUAAAGUCUCUGUAUAUGAUGAAUCUGGUUUGCAAUUCUAUGUACACAGAAGUGAUAAAACCACUAUCCUACACAUGGCCAUUCUUUCUCUGCAUUUUGAUUUGGCAUACCGAAUUGCGUUGGACUAUACGCAUUUAAUUGGCCAAAAAGAUGCCGAUGGUAUGACUGGUCUUCAGCUUUUAUCAUGCAACCCAUCAGCUUUUAAACUAGAGCCUGAAGAAGGAUUCAUUAAUUUAGGUAUGGAAAAUCUAUAUGCCAAGUUUUUAGUCAGAAAAGAUACCUCCUGGGAGUUUACGUAUUCUAGCAUCGACCAGAGCAAGCCUAAGAUCCACAAGUACGGAGAAAAGGGAGGCAAAGAACGGCAAGAAGUACAUUUGUCUAAUAAAAUUCUUGACAAAGAAGAGAGUCUUGGAGAAACUCCUCUGAUUUUGGCUACAAAGUCAGGCUGUGUGGAGAUUGUUGAAGAAAUACUCAAGCUAUAUCCCCAGGCAGUCGAACACAUUGAUGAUGAAGGGCGCAAUGUAUUGCAUGUAGCAAUCAAAUACCGCCGAAGGAAGAUUUUCGAGCUUGUGAAAGGAAUGGACGUGCCUAUGAGGAGGCUGGCAAGGAAGAUUGAUAGUGAUGGGAAUUCCAUUCUACACACCGUCGGAAGGAAAAGAAAGGACUUUGUAUCUGAUGAGAAGAUGGAAGGCCCUGCAUUCCUCUUACAGGAAGAAUUACUCUGGUUUGAGACGUAUUACAGCAAUAUGGUAGGAACGCAGCGCGUCAAAGAAGUCACUCCAUCCCAUUUCCUGAAUCACCAGAACAAUAUGAAGCUCACUGCAGAAGGGUAUUUCAUUACUGAAAAUUCUGAACUCCGCAAUUUAGCCAAAGAAUGGCUAAAGACAACAGCAGAAGGAUGUUCUGUGGUAGCAGUUCUCAUUGCCACCGUUGCCUUUGCUGCAGCCUACACAGUUCCAGGAGGUCCGAAUCAGAGCACUGGUGUUCCUGUCCUCGUCAACAAACCAUUCUUUGUGGUUUUCACUGUGACUGAUGUACUCUCCCUUACGUUUGCUUUGACAUCAGUUGUUACUUUCCUCUCUAUCCUAACAUCGCCGUUUCGAUUUAAAGAUUUCAAGCAUACACUUCCUAAUAAGUUGCUGGUAGGCUUCACAUUUCUGUUUCUCUCUGUGGCAAUGAUGAUGGUAGCGUUUGGAGCAACAAUCAUUCUGAUGAUUUACAGCAAGGAAAGCUGGACAAAAAUUACUCUAUAUGCAGUCUCCUUUAUCCCAGUUGGCAUCUUUGCACUAUCUUAUUUCCCUUUUUAUCCAUCACUAUUAAAGACUUACAACUUGCUCCAGAAAAUUCCCUUCAUUAAACAUAUUCCAGCUAUACCUUGGAACUCUUUCAAAUGUUGUCGAGUCGAAACCACUGAUACCCACUUUCCAUAACAUAUCCGACAUGUAAUUAUCCUACACUAAAUCCUUUCCAUUUUCUGAAAUCUGAUGACUGCCUGUGUACGUAAAGGUUGGCACAAGUAUUGGUCCUAUCUGUAAGCAACUACCACCAUGGAUGAUUAUAAGUAUGAUGUCUAUGAGAAUGAUGUGAUGAGUUAUUGGUUUGUA